GUUACGCUGGAGUCUGCUGCUGUUGCUGCUGCUGAUGGUGCAAGUGCAUUAAUCGAUUCGUAAAUUAAUCGGUGUUGAUUUUGUAGUGCAUCGACAACAACAACAACAAUAAUAAUAAACUAUUACAAAAACAAAAGCAAAAGUAUAAUUAAAGUUUUAAGAUUUUAUGAAAAGUUUCUGUGAAAAUUAUACAAGAAAUACAGAUUUAAAGAUUGUGCAAAAAGUCGACUGGCUUAAUAAUAUUAAACUGAAGUCGAAAAGAAAACCGUUAGUCGAUAGCCAUUGGAUUAAUGUUGUCUAUGUUUUAACUGUGAUUUCUGAGCUUUUCUGGAUAUUAUUGAAACAAAGGAAAAUGAAUAAAUUGUUCAUACUCACGUGCCUCAUUUUGGGCAUACAAAUCCAACAGUCACACCAACAACAAGACUAUACAACACCAGUGCCAAUAUUGAAACAGAUCGAUCGACACAACGACGAUGGCUCGUAUACGUACGGCUACGAAGCGGCAGAUAAAAGUUUCAAAAUUGAAACGAAAUAUCCGAACGGUGAAGUAUUUGGCAAAUAUGGCUAUUUAGAUGAUCAGGGAAAAUUGCGUGAGAUCGAGUAUGGCGCGAGUAAGCGUGGCUUUGAACCUGCUGGCAGCGACAUUAAUGUGCCACCGCCAACACUCACCAACAGCAAUCCCUAUCCACUUGGGCCGAACGAGGUCGACGAUGGUCAAUAUCGUGAAGAUCCCGCUGUCUAUUAUCGCGAUCAAAAGUUUAAUCGCCCACCAGUGGCGGCCAGCAAAUUCAGUUUAGAUAACUUACAUCAACCACAGAGGCCGCAAUACUACAAUAAUCCACCACCACCACCGCCGCCACCACAACAGCCGCGCUAUCAACAGUUCGGCUUCCAACAUCAGCCACCACAAUUCCGUCAGCCACCGCCGCCACCACAGCCACGCUACCAACCGCAAUAUCAACCACAGUACCAGCCACCUACGUACCAACAACGCUCCUACCAGCCUCAGCCGCCACAAAAUCCAUGGAGCAGCUUGCCGCAACAUCAUCAUCCAGCGCUGAAAAAUCUCGAUAUUUGGAGCGGUUCGUACAGCAUUGAUUACACAGGUCGGCGCAAGUAGAAGUAGAAUUGUGGCAUGGCAUGUGUACGUGCUAGAAUGUGUGUGGCUUGAUCUUGUGGAGAAGUCAAGGCAGUCCAAAAUGGGGGUUCCGUUGUAUCUUGUGAAACAGAACGAUCUGCGGUGUGAGCGUUGAGAUCAUCGUCAUCAAAAUAAAGACUUGUACUGAUUUCGCUAUGAGAAUAUUAAUCAGUUACUAAGAUAUUUCUUUACUUUACUUGUAUAUAUUUGUGUGUAAUAUGUGUAUAUUAAAAAACGCCGAUUAGUGAAGGCGAACGAGUCGAAAUAUUUGUAUGUAUAUUUAUCUAUCUCUUUUAAGGUUAUGUUAUUGCAGAUUUAGGGUUUUAAAUUUUAUGUGAAGAUAUUUUUUUAGAUGGAAAAGCAGAAUUAUUUUUUUUUAGAUGCGAAUAAUUUUAUAUAUUUAUACAAAUAUAUCACUGCAAUAAAUCUAAUUAAGUGUCCGAUGAAAUCUUAAAUAUCAUAAAAA